UUGCGCCGAAAACGAUAACUUGAAAAAUACUAUUCGUCAUAGUUUUUUCAAACCCCUCAGUUUGCGCGGGAAAAACAAUAAAUGUAAACAGUCUUCUGGUAAAAUGUGUUGGAAAGUCUGUCAUAAAAACUAGCCUAGAAAUGUCAACUUGCAGAAAGAAAAGAAGAAGAUCGAGCUUGGCACCGGCCAAAAUAAGAGUGUCAUUGUCACCUGGACUAGGGUUGCAUAAACAGAUUGACCAAAGCUUAUCACCGGAGGAAAGGUUGCAGGAGUUAUCUGCACUUUGUUUGAAGUUUGCUACUGAUAAAGUGACGAGGGAGGCAGCAUCUGAUGAAGUCAAAGAACUUAUUGAGAGUGUGAAAGAUGACAUAUUUAAAGCAGUCGACUUGAAGGAGCACAAAGACUUUGUGCAUGAUGCUUGUCGCCAACCUGAUAGGUUAUUGCCAAAUCCAGCUAAUGAAGAUAUGGAUGAAACCAUCAGAUUAAUUGAAAAAAGAAUAGAAAGGCUGGCGAAGGAAGAAAAAGAUUGGCAUGAAUAUUUUGGAGAACUUGAUCAACAAAUACAAGAUGCUGAAAGUAAGUCACAGAAUCUUUUACUCCAACCAUCUGAUUUAUCAGAAGAUCAGAAAGAGGUGUCAAAAAGUUACCUUCCCGAUCUCGCAGAUCUUAACAUAGUAAAACAACAGACAGAUGAGGCCGUUAAUUCUGUUUUCAUGCUGGUUUGUGAACAUGAAAAGAAGCUUCAUACACAGCAACAGUUACUUGUCAAAGUUAAUAAACAACUGGAUGAGAAAUUGAAAACACUACAAGAACAAACGUUUUAUAAUAUUGGCAGUCCAAGAGCCAGUGUUCAGCACCUUACGGAGUUCCCGACACCUCCAGCAGAGCCUCGUUCAUAACGCUAUAUAUAACCACAUAAUUAUUAUUCUUUCAAAUUGUGUUUUGAUUAACAAAAAUGACAAUUGUUGAAAAAAGAAGGCAUCAGACUGUUACAAAAGUGAAACUAAGGUGCUAUAUAAUAUUAUGUGCAUAUUGGUCAAAAUAAACCACAAGUUUUUAUUUUCUGCAAGAAAAACCACAACUUUAGUUUUUCAUACGGGAUUUUGUUAAAUUCAAACCAACCUUACCAAAUUCAUAUUUACUAUUUAUAAAUGCAAAUUAUUACAGCUUGUGAGUGAAAUAGACUUUGGACUGUGCUUAAAUUUAAUGGAAUGCUAAUACUAUGGUGUAAAAAUAGGUAGAAAAAAAUAUUUUAGCUAGAUAAAUUGAGGACAAGGGUGCUAGCAUGCUUACCCUGCACAUACUAUCUUUAGGGUGUUUAAUUACUUACAUUCAAAUACCUAUAUCACGAGCAUGUAUCUUUACACUAUUACACCCAUGUGCAGGGGCUUCUGUGGCACAGUGAUUAAGGUAAUUGGCUUCAAAGCAUUUGCCCCUUUCUGCCGAGUUCAACUCCCACUAGAGAUUUAUGAUUCUU